CACAUUUCAAAACAUGGUGGCAGCUCAGUGAACAGGGCGAACGUCUUAACUAGUCAUUAAAAAUAUUGAAGCUUAUUUAGCAGGAGUGUUUGAUACAGUUUGUAAACACCACAUCAAUAAGCUUCAUACAAAAUCAAGGAUGACGUCUGAAGAAACCCAGAUUUCAGAGGAACUGAAAGGAUGUUACGAAAAUCUUAUUGUAAUCGACAUAGGCGCAAAUCUAACGAACAAAAAGUACGGCCGUGAUCUCGAUUCUGUUAUACAGAGGGCAAAAGACGCAGGUGUCCAAAAAAUUAUGGUCACGGGAACAUCUGUGAAGAACAGUAAAGAAGCCCUAAGGCUGACUCGCCUUUACCCUGGCACUAUAUAUUCUACGGCAGGAGUACACCCUCACGAUGCCAAGUCCAUGGUGGAAGAAGACAUGUGGACGGAGCUACACCAGACGGCGAGCGCUCCGGAGUGCGUGGCCAUCGGCGAGUGUGGACUCAACUUUAGCAAGGACUUCUCCGAGCCCGCAGUGCAGAGGGAAGUUUUUAAACGACAGGUGGAAAUGGCGUGCGAGCUCCGGAAGCCACUGUUCGUCCACGAGAAGGAGGCUCAGGAGGAAGUCAUCAAGAUCUUAGACGAGGCGGGGACAAGAUUACCAGCCGUGGUGAUACACUCGUUCACUGGCUCCGUGCAGCAGGGGCUCUUAUACCUCGAGCGCGGGUACUACCUAGCCAUCACCGGGUACAUCUGCAAGGACAAGUCGGACGGCGGUAUCCGGCGGCUGCUGUCGGAGCGGCUGGUCCCGCUGGACAAGCUGCUGGUGGAGACUGACUCGCCGUUCAUGUACCCCAACAUGCGCGCCUCCAAGCUGCCGCUGCACGUCAAGGAUUCCCUGACUGAGAGGUCGAUGAACUUCGUCAACCGCUACUGCACGUUCCAACGAAACGAGCCGUGCGCGCUGCCGGCGGUGGUUGAGCUGAUCGCGGGCUUCCUGGGGCAGAGCCCCGAGGACGUCGCGCUCGCCACUGCCUUCAACGCGCUCAAGAUCUUCGGGCUGAGCCAGUAGUAGUAGAAUGCCGCUCAUGGGUAAUUAAACCACUUCUAUUGGUUCGCUACGGCUACUGUUCACAGGAAUGGUUUAGGCGCAGAUUGUAAAAAUGAGUUUGAUUUUUGUUCUUGCCUGACAAACUUUUGGUGACGUAUAGUGCUUAUAAAUUAUAAAGAAAAGGCGCUAGACCGUCGCAUGCGUUUUCUAUUUCUUAUAAUAUGAUGAUGAUUUUAUUUGACUUUUUUUUUCAGAAUUGUGUCUGGAAAGCCGGGUUUUAAGAUAUUAUUGUAAUUUUCAGCUCUUGUUAUAGAUAACAAGGGUAAAAAAAUGCAAUAUUAAGACCCUGCUUGCCUAAUGUCGCUAAAGAUUUUCAAAAUGACAAUUUAUAGGAAAUAAAUUUAUUUCAAAAAUAUCAUCGGAAUUUAACAAGUGAGAAUCUUAUCAGAUGUAACAAGAAUGUCACGAUAAACGAAUCUGCGCCUGAAUAUCUAUUUCUGAGGUAAAAAUAUUUACAAAGAAUCGAAAAUUAUAUUAUAAUGAUACCUUAUAUAAAAGUUAAUAUGUUGUGCCUUGUCGAUUACAAUAUGACAUUAACAUCAAUUGAAAUCUGUAUUUAUAUUAGAAAUGAAAAGAUUUUCAUAUUUACUAAAGUAUAAAUUACAUUUAUAAUUAUAAUUUAUGCGAAACAAUAUUUACAAUAAUAAUUUAUGUACAUUUUAGGCUGAUUGCAGACGAUUUGAUAUAUUACAAUAUUAUAAAAAAACAGAUCGUAAUGCGGCCUUAAAAAAGUAUAUAUAAAUGUAUAAUAUAAGUAUAUAUACAAUGAUGAUAUAAAUGCAAGUUUCUUCAGACGUCAUCGCGAUAUAUCGGUAACCAAACUCGAACUUUGAAAAUACUCAAAAUUUUUGCAUUUCUAUACCACGAACAUGUCGCGUGACAUGGUAGCAGAGGCUAAUUCGUCUUUAGGAUGUCCCUAUAAAUUUUAUUUUAAAGUGUGUUACUCUUUGUAAUGUAUGAAAAAUCUGGCACAUUUCAUAGGGAUAGUUGUAAGACUUUUACUAACAUUCGAUUUCUUGCCAUCGACUUGACUGCUUAUAACAAAAUUAUGUGGAAAUGCUUAUAUUUACGUCCUUAUCGGGUAGACAAAUUGGCACAUUCCUUACCAUAUUUUUCGUUUAAGCAGUCAUUUGACUUAGUAAUUUUACGUCGCCUCUAAUCGUAGAUUUAUUUGUAUACGAAUACCAAAAUAGACUAACUGUAUACGUGAAUAAUUUCGAAAAAUGAACUCCGCAAGUAUUUUUAGAUUUUUUAUUGUGGGUUGUACACGGCCGAUUUUAUCGGCGGGCAUUUUUCAGAGAAAAAGAUUAUAAUACAUGCAUUUCGCAUUAACAUUUUCUCACCGAGUUCAAAGUCAAACAACGACAUGAAUUAUUAACUAAAAUAAUGCACAUUGUGUACUAAAAAUCGGCCGGUUAAAUUGGUGUGUGUACGCCUUAAGCGUACCUGAAACUUGGACGCAUAUGCCAUUAACUUUAAAGUGGGUACGAGCAUAAUAUGACGCAAUAUUUUCGUGUAUUUUUAAUGACAUUAUUUAAUGAUUUAUGAUUGUGGCUUUUUAUGUUAUUUGUGUAGUUAUGUGUUGCACACGUCUUUAUGUUUACUGAUGAAUAUGGUGGCAAUAGUCGGCAGCUGUUAGUCAGAAUGAUCUCAUACCAACCACUGUACUGUGCUUAUGUCUAUACAAUCGUACUGAUACUUAUGUAGCUUUGUUUAAAUGCUUUCUAUUAUCCGAUUGUGCACGAUAUUGAGGUUAAAGAAUUUAAAUCCAUCUUAGUUGCUUCACGAUCGCAUUGAGAUAAAUGAUUUUAUCGCAACUAAUUCCGUUCUAUGAACAUUUUUUGCAAUUGGUUGCCAUUGACUGGCCUUUGUGUCUGGCAUUCAAUCGGAUAAUAAUGAAAAGACAAAAGCAUAUUACUAUAUUAUAUUUGCGUUAAAAUAUUGCCAAUGAUAGGUAAAGCCUAGGGCAUGUUGAUAAUAUUAUCCAGAAAUUGUUACAGAUAUUAAGUAGGUUAACAAUUCCCUGUGAAGUUGUUUAGUGUAUUUCUAGCCUAAGAAACCGUUAAUUCUGUUAAUACCUGUUGCCACUAUAUUAUGGUCUAUUAUUGCACGGUGUCAGGUUUAGUACUUCGCUCUAUUCAGAGCAAUCCUAAUCGAAUUAAAUUUAUUUUUCAUUCGAAUAUAUACUGUAAAUAGUUUAUAGAUGUUCUUAUAUUUAAUAAACGUUGAUUUAAUGCUGUAGUCACAACGAAAUCAAAGACUGCAAGUAUUAAAAAUGUGGAAUUUGACAUGUUAAAUUAAUUAUGUUUUUGUAACGAUAUUUUUUACGUAUUUAAUCGUUUUACGCGUCGAUAAAUAGGCGCGGGAUGAUAACAGCCAAUCACAGCGGAAGAAUCUGAAUCGUAGAAAAUUCCGUUUUCUGAUUGGUUGAUGUAAUUACCCGCGUUAAUUUAGUUUUGACGCGAAUUAAUAAUAAGAGUAAUGUUAUUGAUUCCUUUAUUUUUUGACAAUCACUUUGUUGUAGAUACGUAAGGAGCUUAUAAAGAUUUCACAUACAAGGUGUACUGGGAAAUAGUUGUGGAAGAUGGCACAAUUAUGUUUAUAUUGAAAAAUGUUUACGUGAUAAUGUUAAAAUUUUUCAUUAGGGUUGAACCUGGCAACACCUCAUUGCACUUUCCUAUGCUUCUAUUCUUUUGUUUUUCCGCUAUCCCCUUGGCGAUUCUGCCGCGGGCGGUAGCUCUCUUUCGCUCUAGCAAAUGAUGGGUCUGAGUAACAGAAAAGGAUAGGAGUAUAGGAACGUGUGAUGAAAUGGUGACAAAUGUGGUUUGCCCGUUAUUCCCCAGUGACUUUGUAUGGGCUCGCCUCGGGCGUCGUAAUGUAGUGCCUUCGACAAAACGUCCUUUUGUGAUACAAUAUUUUCUUAGAUUGUACAGAUUAUUUCUUUCAAUAUACAAAUAAAUAUUUAA